GAUUUCUUUGACAUCCAUGUCAUCUCUAGGCAUUACAGCUUCUUCUGUACACAGAGCUUCCAGCUCUCGUGAUAAUCCUGGAAACAAGAAACAGUGGAUUAAACCUCAUUCAACCAUGGUGGGUGAAAGCCAAAAUGGCAGAGACGAAAAGUCUCAUCCCCUUCCAAGGUUUUCAGAUAACCGAUGGAAAAAUGGUUCUUGGGAUCUGAACGUGUUUGUAAGGAAUGGAAGGAUGGACUGGGAUUCAGUCAUUGUUGCAGAAGCAAGGAGGAGAAAAUGUCUUGAAGUGUUCCCAGAGGCGGCAAUGAACCAGGAACCAGUUCUGUUUAGAAGCUCUAUCAUACCAUGGUGGCCGGCUUGGAUCAUGCACUCUCACCUCCCACAAGCUGAGAUUCUAAAUGUGCAGGGAGGGCAGCAAUGGUUGGAUUUUUCAUGUCAUAUAUGGUGGAUGUUCUAACAGGACUGGACGUUGUUGGGCAAGCUGGUAAUUUUCUGGGCAAGGCUGCCCUUUUCAUCACUGUGACAGGUGUCUUGUUAUUCAGGAAACGGCAAGAUUUUGAAAAAAUCAGAGAGGUAGCUGAUGAUGCAACCUUAUACGACAAGCAUCACGGAAUGAUCAAAAGAGAACCUAAACAUGCAUGAUUUCUUUUUAUUUAGCUUGAAAGUUAUCUAUUUUAGAACACACGACCUUUGGCGUUUUGUAUAUCCGUUUGCUUCUUUAAUAUUUGCAGUUCAAUAAAAAGGAAUGAUCUUUCC